AUGUUUUCCAUUUCCACUGCACCGGCGAAGCAGUCGGUCGGUGAGACCAUCACCGUUUUGAGUGGUCGGCUGAGCUCAGCCACGCUCCUUGAAGACCGCCGUGCUGCUAUACUCGGUUUGCGCAGCUUUGCAAAGGACUUCCCUGCCUCUGUCGCCUCUGGAGCUCUUCGCAGUCUGAUAGGUAGCUUGAGCAAAGAUGCCGAAGAUGUCGACACUGUCAAGGUCGUCCUCGAGACCCUGCUCAUGCUAUUCAGUCCUAACGAAGACAGCCCGGAAGCCUCGGAGGAGAUUGCUCUCUGGCUCGCUGACGAGUUCACACAGCGCCAGGAGAACAUAACGAUCCUCCUAGACUUUCUCGACUCUACUGACUUCUACUCGAGGCUGUACUCUCUUCAGCUGCUAGCCGCCAUCCUCUCUGCCCGAACCGAGCGCACAGAAGAGUGCAUCUUCACUGCGCCGCUGGGAAUUUCUCGCCUUGUCGCGGUGUUAGACGACAGCCGCGAGGCCGUUAGAAACGAAGCCAUCACACUCCUCACCUUUCUCACGCCCUCGUCGACCGAUAUCCAGAAGCUCGUGGCGUUUGAGAACGCCUUUGAUCGACUCUUUGGCAUCAUCUCUGCAGAAGGUUCCCUUCCCGACGGGGAUCGUGUCGUGGAGGACUGCCUGAUUCUGGUCGCAAACCUUCUCAGGAGGAAUCCAUCCAACCAGUCUCUGUUCCGCGAAUCGGGCGGUAUUCAUCGUUUGUCUGUUUUACUAGAGGGUGCAGAGAAGGCUCAACGGGUGGACGCAGAGAUUGCAGCGUGGGCGCAGGCCCAGCGUGACCGGAACAUAUACGCGCUUCUGGCUGUCGUUCGUCUGUUUCUAGUAGCAGGGGCCGUGGGGACGCCGCAGAACCAGCUUGCCCUAUGGCAACAUGGCUUGCUGUUCCACGCCCUACAACUGGCCUUCAGCCAUGUAGCCCAGCUUCCAAUCAAGGCCGAGGCUCUAGCAACCUGUGCCGACAUCAUCAGGGGCAACCCGAGCCUCCAGGAAGGAUUCGCGCAACUUCAAGUCUCGUCUCCUCUCGAGCCACCUUCGUCAGCCGGGUCUGGGCAAGCCAAUGGCGUCGUCAAAGUCUAUGUGAUUGAUGGCCUCCUAGACCUCACCCUCAGCGUCCAGGAUCUGGAGGCGUUCGAUUUACGUUUAGCCGCGUGCGACUGUCUCAAGGCUUACUUCUACAAUCACGCAGACAUUCGCUUACAUUUUCUGAGGAGAGCGAUCGAAGGACAUGAUAUGGGGGCCGACGAGACGGCCAAUGUGCUAACGGUGCUUUUGCGGCCUUCUUCAGACGCAGCCGUCGCUAAUCCUUAUCGGAGUUGGUUUGCCUCCACCAUCAUGAUGCACUUGGUUUUUGAUAAUCCAAAGGCCAAGAACUUGGUCAUGGCUGUCUCAGAAGGCGAUGCUGAAAGCGGGGAGGAAGUCGUCACGAGCAUUCAGACCAUUGCUGCUCAUUUGAUAUCCGGCUUGAACCGGGACGAGGACAGCCGGGUUGUUGUUGGCUACCUCAUGCUGCUCCUUUGCUGGCUGUAUGAGGACUUGGAUGCGGUCAACGACUUUCUUGGAGAAGGGACCAACACUCAAAGCCUGAUACAGGCAGUGAACCAUCCAUACGCAACUGGCGACCUUGUCCAGGGUCUUUGCGCGAUGCUUCUGGGCGUUCUCUAUGAGUUCUCGACGAAGGACUCACCGAUUCCCCGAGCUGACCUUCAUUCCAUCCUCGUUUCUCGGAUGGGCCGCGAAAAAUACAUCGACAAGCUAUCUAAAUUGAGAAGCGACCCACUGGUUAGGGAUUUUGAGGUGAUCCCUCAGAAUCUUAGCAACUCCGGAUUAGGCAGUUUGCCAGACGUAUACUUUGACUCGACGUUCAUCGACUUCUUCAAGGACAACUACAGUCGCAUUCUGCGUGGCAUCGACCGAGACCCCAGCCUAGAAAUUUCCGUGGUCAAGAAUGGUGUCCAGACGGGGGUGUCCAGAGAACUUGUAGACUCCCUGCGGAGUCAAUUAGCUGAAAAGCAGCAGGCCUUACAGGAGGCUCAAGUCAGCUUAGAGACGGUUAGUCGACAACUCGGUCAGGAACAAGCCGACCAUCGGCGAACCCGGGAGACGACUGCUAUGGAAUUGGCCAGAAUCAACCAAGUCAACGAGGGAAUGCAGAGACAACACGAUGCAGAGCUACGGAAUCUGCAAAAUAAAAUUACAAGUCUUCAGGAAGAACUUGAAAAGCAGAUUGAGCAGACACACCGCAAGAUUGAUUCUCAAAAUGCGGCCCUGGAACAACAAUACAGCAAGCGAUUAGAGGAGGAUCAGCGGAGGGCAGCCACUCACGUCGCAGCUCUCGAGAAACAGAACAAGAAGCAACUUGAGGAAGUGCAGAGAAACGCAGCUUCCAGCAUCAAAGCGCUCGAGGAGGAGCUUGAACAGCAGGCUGAGCAAGCGCGGCAGACCGCCAAAGCCCAGGCAGCUUCGCAGUCCGAGGAGCAUCGCAAGCAGCUAGAGCAAGUGCGCAAGACAGCCGAAUCGGACGCCGAUCGCUUUCGCCACCGGGCUGAGGCGGACAUGGCAGAUCUCAAGGCCACCAUCAGCCGUCUUGAGGUUGAUCUUAUGAAGGCCAAGAAGACCAAGGCGCAGGAGAUUCAGGCCAUUCGGGAACAGCUUGAAAAGAAGGAGCACGACCAGCAGAGCCUUGCUACCAAAGCCAACGCCCGUGUGGAGCAGCUCGAGAAGAACUUACGUGAGACGCGAGAGAGGGUUACCCAGUGCGACGUGACUAUCAAGAAGGCCGAGGAGGAUAGGAAAGCAACUCAAAACGAGCUUGAUGAUUUGCUCAUGGUAUUUGGCGACCUAGAAGAGAAGGCGGCCAAGUAUAAGGCAAAACUCAAGGAACUUGGAGAAGCAGUAUCUGAUGGCGAAGACGACGAUGAAGACGAAGAAGACGAAGAUGAAGGUAGCGAGGAGGAGGAUGAGGAAGAAGAGGAAGAAAACGACGACGACAACGACGACGACGAAAAAGACACGAAAAGCAAGGAUCUGAAAAGCACGUCAGGCGCAUGA